GUGUCCGAGCAGGAAGGAAGACACCACAACUUGUAAAUAUUCACAUUUAAACUACGGUUUUAGUUCGUGCUGAGUAAACCACAGCGUCCAAACAGACCAGAUGUCGUCAUCACCCUCCUCCACGUCUUCAGUCCUUCUAAACACGGGGGUUCAAAUGCCCCUCCUGGGUUUGGGGACCUACAAGCUGAGGGGUCCUGAGGACGUCCACCGGGCUGUGAAUGCCGCCUUGGCUGCAGGAUACCGUGCCUUUGACAGUGCAGCUGUUUACAAGAAUGAAGCUGACUUGGGUCGAGCCCUGAGGGAGCUCCUGCCUAAAUAUGGCUUGACUAGACAGGACGUAUUCAUAACCAGCAAGCUGGGCCCAAAGGAUCAGGGUGACAAAGCCAUGGAAGGAGCUCUGCACAGCCUGUCGCAGCUGGACCUGGGCUACAUCGACCUAUACCUGAUCCACUGGCCUGGUACUCAGGGUCAGCUGGUGACCGAUCAACGCAACCCAGGUAACCGAGCUCAGAGUUGGGCCGCGCUGGAGGAGCUGCAUGACAAGGGCCAGCUGAAGGCCAUCGGAGUGUCCAACUACACACCAGCCCACAUGAGUGAGCUGAUGCAAACCUGCAGAAUCCCCCCUGCAGUGCUACAGGUAGAGUUUCACCCACGGCUGUGCCAGACAGAGCUGAGGAGUGUGUGUGACAAGUACGCAGUGUGUUUCCAAGCCUACUCCUCUUUAGGGAAAGGGGAGCUUGUCACGCAUCCCAGUGUCACAGAGGUGGCAAAGAGCUGUGCACGCACACCUGCCCAGGUCCUGCUGCGCUGGGCUGUGCAGCAGCAUGUCCCAGUCCUCCCCAAGUCCUCCAAUCCAGAGAGGAUAAUAGAGAACGCUGAACUUUUUGACUUCACGCUGAGCGACACAGACAUGGACCGACUGUCGGCUUUAGACUGUGGACACAAGUACUGCUGGGAUCCUUCAGAAGUGGCUUGAUAGACCACUAGUCUGCCUCCAUUGGGCCUUUUUAGUUGGUUUGUAAGCAAGACAACACAAAAACAACGAGAUGGAUUAUCACAAAACUUUGGGGAUGGAUGUGGUUUGGGCCAGUAAAGAAAGAAUUAAAUGUUGGUGCAGAUCUGGAUUCAGGGGGCCGAUCUAGGACUUUUUUCUCUUUCUUUAACAUGGUGGAAAAACUCAUGGAUCUUGAGGAAUGAAAUCAGACACAUUUUUCUGGGUUAUACAUUGGGUUGUACUGAGGAUUCAGGCUGACAUACAUGUAUUUACUAAGUUACCUUGUGUGUUGUGUCCCCAAAACUGAGAGCCCUCUUGGAAAAUACCUAUUGGUUUGUUGCUUAAUAAUAACUAUAAAAUAAUGUAGUUUUAUAUGCUUUAGUUCCGUUGCUUCUUACAAUGCAGUAUUAUGGCCAUAUGAAAUAAAUGUCAUAAUAUUACGACAAUAAAGAGAAAAUCAA